AUGCAGAUGUGCAAAGUACUCAUGGAAAUCCUGUGGAAGAUGAUUAGCUAGAGAAGACAAUAUUUAAUAAAUAUGGCUGCGUCUCCUGCAUCCUUGAUGCUCUCUGCUUCUCCGACAAAUGGGGACACCCAUCCCCUCAAGAGUUCUCCUAGUCCUGGAGAAACCAGUCAGGUACCUUCAAAAGAAAAACAAUCUUUGGCCUUUUCUAUUGCAAAGAUUAUGGAACCGGGUCCCAAAGAAACCGCCUAAUGCAUCGGACAAAGGAAUUACACCAUUGUUGAACGUAAUGUUGGAGGACUUCAAUAAGAGAAUGUCCCUCAUAAAUCCUCUCAUGGUAAAUCCACUUCUUACGCUUCCGCCAGUGAGAGGAAGAGACGAUAUUGAUCAAAUAGGUAUGGGCUUAACUCCAGGCCAGCAAAGGUAUCCACCAGUUGAUGGUGUUUAUGAACUGGCUCUCAAGCGCCUUGUUGAAAACUCGGGAAUGCAGGACCUUAGGUGUCACAUUAACAACGGCUGUCCUUCUUCCCGUUUUUUACAUCAAAGGUCACAAAACCUACUUCGACAUUAUGGUUUUAUGUAUGCUUCUUUGCCACCUCAACAGCUGAUGCGAAAUAAUGGCGAAUUACUCUGGGAAGAUGCUUCUGCACCCGCUAAUUUGCAUCCUAUGGAUCCAUCAGCCAUUCAUAAAAUCAUCCGACCACAACCAGUUUUCGCUACUACACCAGGACCAGGAUCUAGGCAAGUUGAUGAUAUUGCUGACACAGAAACUCUCGCUCCUUCACAGAUUUUAAAUUCCUCCAACACUAGGUUUGUUGGAGACACAAAAGUCGCUUCUGAAUCUUCUGGAGACAGUACGAGUCCAGUCAGACAGAAGCGAAAUCAUAACAAGCAGAAAACAUUCACGUGUCCCGAAUGUGGGAAAGUUUUCAAUGCUCAUUACAAUUUAACUAGACACAUGCCUGUGCAUACUGGAGCACGACCCUUUGUAUGUAAAGUGUGCGGCAAAGGUUUUCGGCAAGCAAGUACAUUAUGCCGUCAUAAAAUUAUUCAUACCCAGGAGAAGCCUCAUAAAUGUCACACAUGUGGUAAAGCUUUUAACAGAAGUUCUACACUUAACACUCACAUACGCAUUCAUGCCGGUUAUAAACCUUGGGUCUGUGAAUAUUGUGGCAAAGGUUUUCAUCAAAAAGGCAACUACAAAAACCACAAGCUGACCCACAGCGGUGAAAAGGCUUAUAAGUGUACCGUGUGUAACAAAGCAUUUCAUCAAGUGUAUAAUUUAACAUUCCAUAUGCAUACGCAUAAUGAUAAAAAGCCUUACACAUGCAAAGUGUGUGGCAAGGGGUUUUGUAGAAAUUUUGAUCUCAAGAAGCAUAUGAGAAAAUUACAUGACAAUGCUCUUGCAUCUUCUAGUGUAGCUCAUUCUCACGAAAACAACGCAGGGUCUGCAGUUACAGUGAGUUUGAUUAAUCCAUUUUUUGUAUCCCCAAGUACGAGUGGAUAUAUAGAACCUCCAGCUAGAAUAAUUUUAUAAUUGUUCAUAGUAUAAUUAAUAUUAUGUAUAUGCUUUAUUUAAAAUAUUUUUCAUUUUGUAAUAUAAAUAUAUGUCUAUCUGUGAAGAGAUUUCAAACGACACAGUCAUGCAGAAAAUCCCUAACUUUAAGAAAUUAGAAUACUUUAGCAGGAAAAAAAUCCAAUAUGAAAUUACUUAAAAACUACUUAAUUACUAUUAAAAACUACGACAUUAAUUUUUGUUAAAAUAAGAUAUUGAAAUGAAUUUUUGGACUAUUUUUCAUUUAAUUUUCAAUUCAUGAAAUAAUAUUUUCAGCUAUCAUUUAACAUAUAAAGCAACAAAUACCCUUUAAUUAUAAUAUUUUUAAUUUAUUUUAUUGCUUUAAAAAUACUUAAAACCAAUUCUUCUAGUAACUUACCUUUAAGAGUCUUUUUCUUUUAAAUAAAAAAAUUGAUAUGCAGCGCUAAAAAUAAUUUUAAUAUUUCUUGAUUGAUGUAGCACUUCAUUUUCAAGCAAUUUCCAAAACUGAGAAGUAUUAGUAUUUAACCAUGUAUUGUGUUCUUCCGUUCAUCUCUCAAAAACUUAUUACUUAUCCAUUUUGAUAUAAUUCAAAUAAUAAUUAUAAGAUGAGUAAAGAAGUGGUCUCAAACUCAAAUUACAUGCGGGCUGCAAGCAGCUGGCGGGCCAGAUUGUUUUUUAAUAAAAUUUCAAACUAAAUUUCUAAUAACAAAUUAAAUUUUAAUGUAAUUUCAAAUUUCGUUUACGAAAUAUUUAUCAAAACAUAAUAAUAAUAACAGUAACACAAAGAGAAAAUUCAAAUUUAUUGCGCUUAUUUUCUUACUGUAACAAAUUUCUGUUAGGGCCAUUUCGUAAUUCAAAUGAAAUAAUAGCUAAAUAUUAAAUUUUUGGAUUAGCAUUUAUUUCAUGUAGUUCUAAUAUGUUGCUUUAACCACUAAAUAACUUACUGUUAACAUAAUCUUAAACUAAACAAAUUAAAAACUUGGCCAAAUUUUUUACAAAAAAUUUUCCGAGAACAAUAAAACCUGAGAAUAAACACCUACCUCUUUCUUUUAUGUAUUACAUUUUUUAUCAACACACACAGAAAAAAUACUUAAUACUGUGUGUGAACAAUUAUACAUUUGUCUAUUUUUUACCACAGCUCGAUACCUGAUGGCGUUUCGACUUUAGUAACAUUUGGAUCCUUAAAGGAAAAUUACAGGAAACUAACUACCUUCAUGACAGCUUGUACUAGAUGCUCUGGCAAGCGAGCCUUUUCGUUUCACUUGUUAAUUUUCAACUACCUAAUGACUAAUUCAUGGAAAGUAAAAGUACCAAUACCUUAGGGACAAAGAAACGGACCCCCAUAGUCACACGAUUUGGCAUUCAAGCAAACAAAGUCUGCAAUUUUUUCAGUUAAUUGGCAUCGUAAAUCUAUCCAUUCUAUUUCCAUUUCAUUACUAACGAUUGCGCAUAUAAACACAAUCCAUAUGUUCCUAAUGUUGUUUAUAUUUUAAAUUUUCAUUUCCUGAGAUCAAUGAUUAAUGUGAUUUUUUUUUCCUUAGCUUUUUUUUGCAGCGCUGUUAUAUAUGCGUUACAUACGACCUUUCGGAUGUGCGCCAGCGCUAGCUUCGAAUUCAGUCGGAAUGUCUGCUAUCUUGCAGUUGGAGUGUUGCAACUGCUGAAAUGUUUGCUAACUCUUUUUCAUUUACUUAAUAAAAACUGUAUUUUAAUUCACUACCUCAUGAAUUUAUGCUUUAUCGAAAUCUAUAAGCACUGUAUUAAAACAAAUAGAUGACUGAAAUGUAUUGUGGGCCACAUAAAAUUGCUUCAGUGGCCGCUUAUGGCUCGUAGGCCACUAGUUUGAGACCACUGGAUUAAAGCAUGCUAUUUAUUCAAUAUUAAAUUAAUAUCAAUUAAAAUAGUGUAUUUAAAUUUAAAGUUCAAACUAUUCAUUCAAAUGUAAGUAAAAUAUUCAGCGUUUUGUCUAUUUAUCAUACCGAAGGAAAUUAAUCAGAUUCCUUUUAUUUAAUGUUAUGAAUAUUCUUAUUAGGUAAAUUAAGUUAAAUUUGUAAUAUGCGGAUAAUUCAAUUUUUCAUAGAAGAUCUAAAAAUCAAAUUCUCAUAUGCUUAUUCUGCAUGAGUUUCAGAAUGCUGUAAUUUUGAAUAUUUCCGAAACGAUGUUGCUACUUUAGAAAUGACAAGAAUGGUUUAAAUAUGACAAUUAUUCUAUUAAAGCUAAGAUUUAAUUUAUAUCUUUCACAUAAAAAUUAACUUUAUUAUCGCGACUUUGUAAAAGAAGAAGGGCAGUUAGAUAUCUGAAAAAAUAUAAUCUAGAGGUAAGUAUAAGUAAACUAAGUAAAAGAUAGUACACUAAGAAAGAAAGAAAGGAUUACUAGUUGAACUUUUCUGACAACUACUAAAAAUAUUAACUGACAUAUAUGAUUUGCACUAUUUAAAAAUCUCACAAAAACAUCUCACCAGUAGUGCAUAUUUACUAUUAAUGUAAUGACAAAAUACGUGCUUCUUAUGACGCAACACAAUAAAUAAGCAAUAAUGGACUGUCCUUUGAAGUGAAGCAAAGAGAGUCAGUUUGUAAAUAUUAUAUACCCAGUGAAGCCUAUGUUAUAUGUAAAAAUAUAUAAAGAUUUCAUUAAAUGUA